UGUCGAUUCAUGGUAUUUGUGACAUACCUCAAAGGACAAAAAUAGAACACAUCUCGACAAGUCCUCAUGAGGACUCUAGUUUCUUAUGACGGUUCUGGGCACUACUUUACUGAUUGGGAAGACGGAUAGAAAAUGCGACGAUGCGUUAAAGAAUCCGUGGUUUUUGUAAUGCAAUGUUGGGGGUAUCGAUCGGCAUGUCUCAUUCUAAAAUCGUCCCGUCCCCAAAUAACUGUGUAAACGCGUACCCGCGCGGCCUCCCACCGUCAGUCGCAUUCCCAACCACCUCCCCACCACACAAUGACAAUAUACAAUCUCUACAUUUUCGACCGUCACUGUAAAUGCGUCUCCUUCACCUCAUGGACCAAACCACGCACAACUGCCACGAGUCCUGAAUCGUCGUCACCAGGGGACGUGACGCAGGGGACGGCGAAGGGUGCAAUAGGAGCAACUGGAAUGAGUCUAGAAGAGGAAGCGAAAUUGGUGUACGGUGUGGUGUUCUCCUUGAGGAAUUUGGUGAGCAAGUUGAAUGCCAAACCUGGAAGCGAAGGAUUCAUCUCGUAUAGGACGAAUGCAUACAAGCUCCACUACUUUGAAACACCCACUGGCCUCAAAUUCGUCAUGAACACCGAUCCCCACAUGGAUAGUAUGCGCGACGCCCUACGCAUGAUGUAUUCGCAUAUUUACGUAGAGUAUGUGACAAAGAAUCCGUUGCAGCGGUUGGAUGGGCCGAUCGAAAAUGAGCUUUUUAGGAAUAAUUUACAGAAAUUUGUAAGGAGUUUGCCGGGCUUUGAGUAAGUAGAAAGCGGGGGAGGGGAUAGGGCUCGGACACGGAUGGUCUUGACCGCUACCCACCAAGAUACCAAACAAGCACAAGCCAACUGCAACAAGUGUGGAAUAAUGUAUAUACAAAGAAGUAAUGAAAAAGAAAACCAAGCUAGAAAUUAAUAAAUUCUAUAAACCCGUCUUCACAUCAA